AUGCUACAAUGCACGCUUCGCCAGUAUAAUGGCGCGUCGAGAUUAGCAGCGCGCUGGUUCGGAACGGAAGCAUGCGACAUCAAGCGAUUCUGCAUUGUUGGAGCGGGUCCUGCAGGGUUCUACACUGCAGACAGGCUGCUGAAGCGGUUUCUAGAGGGGUCCACCGUGGACCUGAUUGAUGCCCUGCCAAGUCCCUUUGGCCUUGUUCGGUCGGGAGUGGCCCCUGACCACCCAGACACCAAGAACGUCAUCCAUCAGUUUAGCCACCUGGCCGGCGCCAGCCCACACCUACGCUUCUUCGGCAACCUCCGCCUGGGCAGGGAGGUCCAGCUGGACGAGCUGAGGCGGCAAUACCAUGCCGUGGUCCUGGCAUAUGGCGCUGAGUCAGACAGGAGCCUUGGCAUCCCCGGGGAGGCCGCCCCCGGGGUGUACUCGGCGCGCGAGUUCGUGUGGUGGUACAACGGCCACCCCUCCCAGGCUGGCCUGCCAAUCGACCUGCGCAGCGUGCAAAGCGUGGCAGUCGUCGGGCUGGGCAACGUCGCCCUGGACUGCGCGCGCGUCCUGCUGCAGCCCCCGGAGCGCCUGGCGUCGACGGACAUCGCGGAGCACGCGCUGCGUACGCUGCGCAGGAGCGCCGUCACCGACGUCCAUGUCAUCGGGCGCAGGGGCCCCGUGCAGGCGUCCUUCACCCCCAAGGAGCUGAGGGAGUUGCUCAGCAUGCCAGGCAUCGGCGUGCAGAUCCACGGCGGGGCGCUCGACACGCUGACCCCGGCGUGCAGGGCGGAGAUGGAGGCGUCCAGGAUAAAGCGGCGCGUCAUGGAGGUGCUGACAAAGGCAGAGGCAGCGCAGAGGAAGGGGCCCCGGACCCUGCACCUGCAUUUCCUCAGCUCCCCUGCGUCCGUUGAGACCCGGGAAGAGGGUGGGCUCGCGGCGGGCAUAAAACUUGAGAAGCAGCGCCUGGAGGCCUCGCCGUCGGGAGCCGCGCGAUCUGUGCCCACCGGCGAGUCAGUCCUGCUCCCAGCCAACCUGGUGCUGAAGAGCAUCGGCUACCGCUCCAUCCCCGUCCCCGGUCUGCCCUUUGAUGCGGAGCGGGGUGUGGUGCCCAACCGGAUGGGCCAGGUGCUGGAAAGCGUGGCGGCGGACGCCCCCGCCGUCCCCGGCCUCUUCGUCGUGGGCUGGCUGAGCCGGGGCCCCAGCGGCAUCAUCGGCACCAACCUGGCCGACGCCGAGCAGACGGUGGAGGGCAUGGUCCGAGCACAGGCGGACUGGCCCACCCCGGAGCGGAGGGCCGGCCUGGAGCGAGCCUUGGCCCCGGAGUCAAUCGCGGUGCCCUGGGCGGGCUGGGCCCGGAUCGACGCCGCCGAGGUGGCGGCGGGGGAAGCCGUGGGGAAGCCGCGCGAGAAGAUGACGAGCGUCGAGCGCAUGCUGGCCUGUGCGGUGGCAGGUGCCGCCUCGGCGCCAGGCUCACCUUGA